AUGGAAUAUCUCGAGAACCAGAGCCGUCGCAACAAUAUUAGAAUUGAUGGAAUCCCUCAGGAACCCGAUGAAACUUGGGAAGACACUGGAAGUAAAGCUAAAGUGGCGUUAGAAUCCAAACUCAAUCUUCCUUUCAAGGUGGAAAUCGAGCGAGCUCAUCGUAGUGGUAAAGUUAAUCGGCGCUCUGACGACAACGCUUCAUCUGCGCGUCCUCGUACAGUUAUUUGUCGCCUGGUAAGCUGGAAGCAAAAGGAUCCAAUAUUAAAGGCCGCGAGGAUUGUAAAGCCAGACGGAAUGUUUGUCAAUGAAGAUCUUGCGGCUGAAACUCUUCAAAGGCGUAAAGAUCAACUGCCGAAACUGAAACAAACAAAGCAAGCCGGAAAGAUUGCCUACUUUGUGUUGGAUAAAUUGAUAAUCAAAGACAGACCCUCGAUCUAG